GCAUAGAUCUAACACAGAUAUACCGUAUUAGAAGGCGCUGCAGCCAUGGCACCCAAGACUCUGCUCAUUCUGGCAUGUGUGCUCGUCGCGACUUCCAGUUUCACUCCGUGCGUGCUAGCUAAGCCAAAGGGUCCUAAACUGCCCAAGUCGCCGCCUGGGACUGUUGUAGCCGUCGCAAAGCUGUCGGCGGCCCCCAACAAGACGACCAGCGGCAAGGGAUACCUGAACCUGUUCCUUGUGCGUCCGGACAUCGGCCCAUCCUACUUCAACCUCAUCCUAGAAGGCUCCAUGAAGGGCGUCACUAUGGCACACAUUCACGUGGCCAACAAAACCGCCAACAACCCCAUCCGCCUGGGCCUGUUUCCCAAGGUCACUGCGCCCAUGUCCCCCGUGCUCCUCAACCCGCCUCUGACGUACAAGGGCACCGUGAACUUCACCGCCUCCUUCAACGCCACAGACCUGGGCUACUGGGGCAGCGCUGGCCCAACCGACUUCCUCAUCCAACUAGGAGCGGGCGAUCUGUACGUCAAUGUGCACACCGUUGCCAACCCGGGCGGUGAGGUGCAGGGCGCCUUCACCUGCCAGCAGCCGUGCAGGUGGCCCGUGUGCUCGGCCCUGCCGGGAAGGCCGUGCUAGCUAGGCGCUGCCGCGCCGGAUCUGCUGCGAGGGAGCGGCUGGAAGCCCCCCCCGUCACUCCGUGCGCGCGCAUGAGUUCCACCACCUCAUGCGCACGCAUGCGCUGUGCUGCCUGUGAGGCGGUCACAGCGGUGGCGGCGGCGGCGUUGUUGGGCAGGCCAGUGUGAUACUCGGGCGGUCGGGCAGUCGGGCGGUCCCUCGGGCCUUCUGUUCUGGUACGACAGCUAGCGAGAGGUGCAUGCAGCUGCAAUUGAGCUUCGGAUCCUGAAGACCUUGAUGUGGUUGUGACUGCUGAGUAAUUGGCAAGGUCGUGAUAAAGCACGCCAGGCGUAUGGGACCGGACGCAUUGGAGGGCACGGGGCGUGUUUGUCCGCGGGCUGCAGUCCCAGAGGCUGCAGCGCCUAGGCACGGUUAGGCACGGUUGGGCACACCCCUGUCAUUCCACCCCUGCAAUCCAAUCGGCCGCAGCCGUAGGGAGGAUGUGGGUGCCCCGCGUUCGCGGCUGGCCAGGCAGGAGGUGUGUGCGAUCGGUGUCGGUUGAGGUGCUCAGAGUCCCAAUGAAAGACGGGUAGGCUGCGGCGGCCAUUUGUCGGGGCCGGGUCAGAUAUGGACCCACAGCUGUAACAGAUUGCGGUAUU